UGUCAUUCAGUCGUCGCGAACACAACACAAGGCCAACACACAGUCGGAGAAAAUAUAUUUUGAGACGUUUUUCGUUCAAGUCUCUUGGGCAGUUUACUGUUGGACCAUGGAUACAACAAAGUCGACGAGAAACGUGUACAGUAUAGAUCAAAUACUGGCCACGAAUCAUUCCACGAAAAAAACCGACCACACGGGAAUGCGGUGCCAGUCUAAGCUGGAUGCCUUGUACGCCGUCAGUGGUGCUGACACGUCUGUUCAUCACGUGGACGACAACGACGACGAAAAACCGAGGAAAGUGCGCCGGAGCAGAACAACGUUUACCACGUAUCAGCUGCAUCAAUUGGAACGAGCUUUCGAGAAAACCCAGUACCCGGACGUGUUCACCAGAGAGGAAUUAGCCUUGAGACUGGAUCUCAGCGAAGCCAGAGUACAGGUAUGGUUCCAAAACCGUCGAGCCAAAUGGAGAAAACGAGAGAAAUCAAUGGGAAGAGAAACCAAUCCGCCGUACUUGCCAGAACACUCGAUGUUCAGAGGCGAGUGUUUGCCGCAACCCGGACUGGCGGGUCCGUUGCCGUUCUUAUCUCCAGAACAGUUUUGGCCGAACAUAGUGUUCAACCCGGCGGCGGCGUCGGCAUUUCUCCUGGGUUUGCCGUGGCACGCCCAUCCUUACCAGUCGACCGUGCACAAGGCGCUUUCCCAGCGGAUGGCCGUCGGCCAAUGGUCCAUCCAAACGUCGUCUCCCGAACCGCACAGCCCGUCGUCAUCUUCGUCCAGUCCUGUUCCCCGGUCGCCGAGGGUCCCGGAACCGGUCGACAUCGAAUCUACCGGUGACGACGCGGCGGAACAGGACAGACGGCAAUCGCCGCCCGUUCGACGGUCCUGUUCGCCACCAGUGGCCACAGUGUUCGCCGACAAAGAAGUCCCUUGUUAACUCGACGGCUGGUGUACGACUUACCACAAUAACCAGUUAUGUUAUGUAUUGUGUACAGAAUUAUUUGUCAAAUAAUUAUAUUAUAUUUAUUGUUUUUUUUUUAAUCAAAAAUCCAGCCGAUCAUAAUUAUUUGUUGUGCACAAAUUUAUGUUUUGUAAAAAGGUACAUAAUACGUGUAAAUAAAUAGUUUUUAUAAAAAAAAAAUUAAUGAUUAGUUGUUGACAAAAACAUUGCGAACAAUCAGACAGAUCACAGCCAUGUAUUGUAAAAUUAAAAUUAAAAUAAUUUAAAAUCAAAUGUAAUCAAUCAUCAAUGUAAUAGGAAUGUAGAUAAUAACUUACCUUACUAAAUUACCUGGUGUAAUUUCAUUCAAUGUCAAUAUUUAUAAUUUAAAUUUAUCAUAAUU